AUGUGCAGGAGGGCUUCACAAAUCACCGGGCGAGCUAGAGAGAGAGAGAGGGGGGCCGAGGGGAACAAACCACGACUGGAAAAAGGCCGCAGAAGAGAAGGGGGAAACAGGAGAGAGAAAGGCGAGGAACUUUUCGUUGGAUCCUUCGCUUUUGGGGACGAAGGAGGAGAAGGUCUCUGUCCCUCUCCACCUCCACCUCCCUUCUUGGCUGGGGAGCAGCAGGAGGAGGAGAUGUUCCCCCCUGGCCUGAUCCACCACCGCGCGGACGGCCCGGGGCCCGGCGAGGUGCCGCGCUCCGGCGGCGCGCCCAGCCUCGUGCUCACGGCGGACCCCAAGCCCAGGCUCCGGUGGACGGCCGACCUCCACGAGCGCUUCGUCGACGCCGUCGCCCAGCUCGGCGGGCCCGAGAAAGCAACACCAAAAACUAUCUUAAGGACAAUGGGUGUAAAGGGACUCACGCUGUUCCACUUGAAGAGUCAUCUUCAGAAAUACAGAAUGGGGAAACAAACUGGCAAAGAGACGCCGGAGCAAUCUAAAGAUGGGUCCUAUCUUCUUGAUGCUCAAGGUGGAAUGAGCCUGUCUCCCAGAGUUUCUACCCAAGAUGCGAAAGAAAGUCAAGAAGUUAAAGAAGCCCUGAGAGCACAGAUGGAAAUGCAACGAAGCCUGCAUGAACAAGUGGAGGUUCAGAAGCAUGUGGACAUCAGGAUGGACGCGUACACGACGUACAUCAACACCCUGCUGGAGAAGGCCUGCAAGAUCGUCUCGGAGCAGUUCGCCUCAAGCGGCUUCAGCGUCUCCGACCAGAGCCUCCCGGAGCUGUCCUCAGGCGGCGUCAUGUGCGGCACCGCCACCGACGCGCUGAGCUCCUCCGUGUUCCACCAGCUCUCCGUCAGCUCGAUCAACAUGCACAGCCCGGGGGGCAAACCUUCUCCCUCGGGCAUGGAAGGCCAGCUGCUUCUCCAGAGGUCACCUGAGUUCAAACGCAAGUCAUCCUGCUGA